AAAAAACACGGCAACAACAGUUUACACAGUCACUCUUCCCUUAAAAAAAAAAAAGUUUACACAGUCACUCUUCUGUCUUGUCUCUUUUCUUCUUCCACGUAUCAACUACAAAAAAGUUCAAAACUUUCAUUUUCACUUUUCAAAAUUCAAACUGAUUCUCCUUUCCGAUCACUGAAAAAGUGAUUCUGCAACUGGGUUUCGUCCAAUUUUUUUGUGCAAUGGCUGAAGAGAAAGAUGCUUUCUAUGUUGUAAAGAAAGGGAAUGUUGUUGGUGUAUACAAGUCUUUCACUGAUAUUCAACCUUUACUUUCAUCUUCUGUUUCUGGUCAAGCUGUAAGUGUUUUUAAAGGGUUUUCUUUACCUCAAGAAACUGAGGAGUAUCUUGUCUCACAUGGACUUAAGGGAGCCACUUACUCUAUCAGUGCUGCUCAUGUAAAUGCGGGUAGUUUUGGAAGACUUGCUGUUUGUCCUUAUCAGGAUCCAUGUUCUUCAGGAGGAGGAACUGUUAUGGCAAAUUCCUCAUUAAAGAGAUCGCAAGAUGCAUUGCAAGUUGAUACCAGUGAUCCAUAUUCUUAUGGAGGAAGGACUAAUAUGGUGAAUUCUUCAUCAAAGAGCUUCCAAGGUGCCACGCAACUUGAUGCUAGUAAGGGAGCUGGAUCAUCUUCAUUUUCAACAAAUUUGCAAAGGAAUCAUUCUAUAGGUGGAUUACAUCUACAAGCAGACGUGUCGACUGAUAGUUGUCUUUCUUGUAGACUUGAGUUUGAUGGUGCGUGCAAAGGAAAUCCUGGACCAGCUGGUGCUGGAGCAAUACUGCGUGCUGAAGAUGGGAGCAAGGUCUACCGAUUGCGUGAAGGAGUUGGUGCUGCUACAAAUAACGUUGCUGAAUAUCGAGGAUUGAUUUUGGGAUUGAAACAAGCUCUCAAAAAAGGAUAUAAGCACAUCCGUGUUCAAGGAGACUCCUUGCUCGUUUGCAAUCAGAUUCAGGGUAUAUGGAAAGUAAAAAACGCGAAUAUGGGUGAAUUAUGCAAUGAAGCCAAGGAGUUGAAGAAUAAGUUUCAGUCAUUCAAGAUCAAUCAUGUUCUUAGGGAAUAUAACUCUGAAGCUGAUAUUCAAGCGAACCGCGCGUUAAAUCUCCAAGCUGGUCAGGUUGAAGAAGAUUGUGAGAUUAAAUAAUGUUCAACUAGCAGCAGCAUACAUGACUCAUGCCUUUGCCUUCAGCUAGUAAAAAUUUGAUGAUUUUAGCUGUAACAAAGGUUCCAAUUAAAUUUCUAAUUAAAUUUCUUCUGUGACAUUUCUUGUAUAGUUUGUGCUUGUUUUAACUUUGGGACUAGAAAAGUGCUUUUAAUGUUUGGAUGUUGCUUAGCUUAAUGCAAGGCCUUAUUGUAAGUAUUUAAUCA